GAGAAGGUGGAGGUUAUUGCAGUCAUGUCGCUGGAAAAGCUAUCGCACUCAAACAAGCCAAACGUACCUGGAAAUGAGGAGCGCCGAGAAAGCCUCGGCAGCGACGCAAGCUCGGAUGAAGAGCAACCAGAUGGGGCUAAGUCGAUGGCCACCCCGGAGACAAAGUCACCUGCCUCGGUGGCCGGGGACGUCGUGACUCCCGAGCGCUCCUCGAGUCCAGAGCACGUCACAACUCCCGAGAGCGUCAAGUAUCCCGAGAUUGUCGAGAAAGCCCGAGGUGCUGGGGCAGCCCGAGGUGCUCGAACAUCCAGAGGUGCGGCGGCUGUCGACAACCUUGAAGUGGUCCAGGGCAUCGAAGCUGCCGAAGGGAUCGAGUUUGCCGAAGCAGGUCGAACCCACAAGUUUUACAGGGCCAUGGACUCCAUCGUGGUGGCCAAGCACGACAAACCGAGGCCUCGAGACAGCGAAGUCGUGGACACCGGCAUGAUGGCCUUCUGCGUGGCCGGCGGUGCAGCCCUCGUCCUCAUGACCAUCUGCACCGUCACCUUCGUCAUCAUCAAGAUGAUGCAAUCACUCGCCGUUUCUCGCGGAAACUACAUCAUUGCGCCGGCGAAUUUCGCACAGCCGAUAGCCAGAGUUGGCGGGGAAGAAAGUUAUGACGUCACGUUCGCCGAAGCCAGCGUGGACACCGCAGACUAUGCGGACCUCUACACCAGCCAGAACACUUCCGAGGAAGCUCCGGAGACAACGCCUGAAAACAGACGAUUGUCGAAUGUAUUGUCCUUGAUUUGACGCAACCAGUUAGUUAUCUAACAUUUUCGGUGCUUUUAUUGCUGAACUUUCAAACUGCUUCUUGGUUGACAGUAUUUCGUCAGUAUCUGCGCCUUUAUACGUGAUGUGUUAUAUUGGAGCUGCAGAAAUAAGAUUAGGAGUUUUGCAUCCUUGA